AUCUUCGUUUUUCCAACUCUUUUUGUUGUUUAAUGCAUUAAACCCAAGAAGCAGGCAAACUAUCUCUCCUUACAACAAAGUACACAAGAAUGUUUUUCAGUUGAUGGAAAUUGUGAUUCCUGAAUCUUGAUCAUAUCCAUAUGAAAAUGACAGGCAAAAAUGAAGAAAUUAAAAAGUCUUUUAUACAUAAAAUUUUGUCAAUGAGGCUAAAUAAUGGAGAUGAGCGGAAAGUAAUGAAAAAUUCUUAUGAUCCCACAGAAAUUCAAGUUGAUAACGCGAUCGGUGCGUUGGAUUGUGAGAACUUGUUAGGAGAUUCAAUGGCGGUUAGUCAUGAUGUGCAGUCCCUUAGUGUGUUCACAGCAACUUGGAAUGUAGGGGGGAAAUCUCCUUCUAGUGACCUCAAUCUUGAUAACCUUUUGCAAAUCCAUCGUCAGUCUGAUAUAUACGUUCUAGGUUUUCAGGAAAUAGUCCCUUUGAACGCUGGAAAUGUGUUAGUUAUAGAAGAUAACGGUUCUGCAGCCAAAUGGUUAUCGUUGAUCAGCCAGUCACUCAAUAAAUCAUCUUAUACUGAUUAUUGUCUUCUAAAAAGACCACAUACAAAUACAAAUUCUUUGGAGAGAAAGAUCAGUGGCAGCAGCUCAAUGUUCUUACAAAGAACAUCACUUAAAGCAGCCAGCAAAUCUUUUCGUUCAGAAAGUCGAAGAAGGUUUAAGAGUUGCAACUGCGCCAUUGUUGAACCUGAAAGGAGGAGUUACGGUCGAGAUUCAUGUUUUGCUUGUCAAAAGUCAAAGUCAAAUGGUUUUGACUAUGCAUCCUCAUCAGAAGAGGAUGAUACACUUAAUACAAGUGCCGUGACUGCUGAUGUCAACGUUACUGCUCCAACUGGCAAGAACCAACAUUUGAGAUAUAGCCUUAUAAAGAGCAAACAAAUGGUGGGAAUCUUCGUUACCAUUUGGGUAAAGAAGGAGCUUAUUCCAUACAUAGGCCACUUAAGAACUUCUUGCAUAAGUCGAGGGAUUUUGGGUUAUCUCGGCAAUAAGGGUUGUAUCUCUGUGAGCAUGACCUUCAAGCAAACGAGCUUUUGCUUUGUCUGCAGUCACUUGGCAUCAGGAGAGAAAGAAGGGGACGAGCUACGUAGGAAUUUAGAUGUUAUUGAGAUUCUUAAAAGCACACAGUUUCCAAGGAUAUGCAAAACAUACAAUGCUAAGGUGCCAGACAAGAUUUUAGAUCAUGACCGUGUUAUCUGGUUAGGGGAUUUAAACUAUCGAAUAGCCCUUAGUUACCAUGAAACCAAGAAACUCCUAGAGCAGAAUGCGUGGGAUGCUCUUCUUAGUAAGGAUCAGCUUAAGAUCGAAAGGGAAGCUGGUAGAGUAUUUGAGGGUUGGAAAGAGGGGAAGAUCUAUUUUCCGCCAACGUACAAAUACUCCUACAACUCGGAUUCGUAUGCUGGAGAUACAAUAACAUCAAAGAGCAAAAGGAGAACGCCAGCAUGGUGCGACAGAAUACUUUGGUAUGGUGAAGGGAUCUAUCAAAAAUCAUAUUCACGUUGGGACUCACGGUUUUCUGAUCACCGUCCUGUUUGUGCAACGUUUAUAAUAUUUUUACUUUAAUCAAAGGGAAUAAAAUGAUCGUUCGAACGACUGCCUGAUGAAUGAUAGAUGUUUGCGCGUUUUGACCAGCCAGUGGACAUAAAGAAGCUUAAUAAUCUACUUUUGAGAUUUAACUGUACAUAGCAGCAACAUUCUUGCAAGUAUAUCUGAAGAAGAAAGUAUAGAAAAGAUUUGCUUUCACAGUAUCAUCUUGCACCUCGAUUUUCUUCCAAGAUUAUGAAGUCAGUCAACAAUAAUGGUUUGACAGAUUACCCAUUUUUUUAAUAUUUGAUUAUUAAUUACUUCUCUUAAUUGUUACAAAAGGUAGAUUAUAUUUCACUAUUAGAAAGUCAACUUGGUCCAUUUUGAAAAAGGUUACCGGUCGAUCUUCUAAUGUUUACUUUCCUAGUUUGACCAUUGUUACAGACUUGUUAUUUUUUUGUGUAUAGAGAUUAAUGUAUAAUGUAUACUUUUUUAGUUCUUAUAUGAGAUGCACAGUGUUUGGCUCUU